GUUGGUUACAUACACACAGCUGAGCAGGAUCUUAAAACGGUCAUUUAUAUGUUCGUCAGUUUUUUUAAAUAAAAGUUUCUUUUAAAGGAGAGGAAUUGAAUAGCUGCAGGUAGAGGGUCCUCCGAAACCGAAUCGAGUUCUCAUUAAGGUUUUCCAUGUGAUACAGACUGACCUGUGGAGUACUUCCAGCAUUUUCUCAUCCUUUUACCCCCCUCCCCCCAGUUAUUCGUCAACUAUUUUUUAUUUUAAAUUAGUCAAUUGAGAAAAGUGGGCAGAGCCAGAUGCGAAAAAUGGUGUAAGCAAAAUCAUAAAGAGAGGGUGCAUGUCAUUGGUUAAAUAAAACUACGAGAAAAUGUUUAUUUUAUGCAGGGUUUCAUGGACGAUUUCACAGAGCAGUUGGUGCAACAAGCUGAAAUUAUCGUCAUGGGUGUUCUGGAGAGUGCCAAGAGACAGCUUCAAGAUUUACAGAUUCAAGAAAGUAGAGAAGAAAUUGAAGAACAGCCUGGUUUCCAAAUCCGUAACAUCCAAUGGGUUACAAAUAAGGACUUCACAAUUGCCAUUGGGGCAAAACAAAUAGAAGAAUAUAUUUCUACAUGGGAGUUUUCCAAUUGCUGGCUUCAUUGCCUGGACUACCUGAAAGAGGAGGAGCUAGAAUACCAUAUUCAUCAUCAUUACCGGGUACGGUGGAGUAUACCAACUCGGAGGAAGCCCAUCCCACGAGCAACAGCCUCUACUUACUUUAUCAUCGAAAUCUCUAAAGUUAAACCACCCGUUUUCCCAGUUGAAGUUUACUUCUUUUUUGAGUCUAACAGACUUCUACACAGUAUACUUCACAUGGGGAUUGUUGGGCUGGAUUUUCUGUAUAUGGAGAAACAGCAACAUGCACUGUUGACCGGAAGGAAAACCGCUCACAAAGAUCCAGUGAUCUCUGCAAUGCAGAUAUUUCCUAUCUGCUUAAAUGGAGUGACAAUUCGGGCCAACUCAAUGGGAAAGCCCCAGACAUACAUAGGAAAGUAGCCAAUCACAUGUAAGUAUUCACACAAAGCAAAUUGGGAAGUUAAACACACUUUAUUUUUUAAUAAUCAUAUAAGUGAUUGAU